UGGCGACGGCUGAUUUCAUUCAACUCUGGACUCCGGGCCGCUGGCAGAACUUCUCGAGCCCUUCAAAGUGCUGGAAAGUAGCGCUGUGUUAUAGCCCCUAUCUGGUGUACCGUUAUACCUGCCGCGCUCGCGACUCUCUCUCCGCCUAGCGGUACAGAGCGCGAGCGCGGACCGUUAUUCGCAGCCAGUCCCAUACAAGUGACUCUCGCUUUUGUUUCCCCUUUUAUUCCCCUUUGCCUCGAGUUCACUUUGUUAAGCUUUCUGAUCAAAACAGAUACUUAGGAUUGGGUCUGUUUCUCGUCACUGCUGGCUUUUCCUCUUUAGAUUCGACCGAACUGAAACUUAUUUUCUCGCUCAAAAUGUACCUGUUUGGUCCGAUGCGGCGGAUUUGGUUUCACACGAAACAGACUGAGCGAUUGAAGUGGGGAAACGCUUUCAUAAAUACAUGUUUGAGAACAGACCGCUUGUUCGGGAGGAUUUUGUUUUAUUUUCGUUAACUGCAAACUUUGUUUAGUGUAUCUGCAAUGGGGCUGUUCCGCUGUCUGUGUGGUAGCAGGUAGCUAGCGGCUAGCAGAAUCCUAAAAAUAACCUUUGAUGGUAAACAUUUUAGCUUAUGGAGAUGGAUAAACAUGUUUAUAUCGCCGAGGUGACAGUUUGACUUGUUUACUUCCUACGCAACAGCUACAAGUCGCACUUUUGUCAUCCAGCUGAACAGAAAGUGCCUGAUAACAGCAGCACGCUGCUCUCCGGUGCCGCUGCAGUAGAAAAGGGGGCAUGUAUUCAGUUCGCGGUGAUGUUUGACAGGAAAGUUUCUUCUUGAAGUUUACAAAGCACAAAAUAAGGGUGUGUUUAUGCAACAGUCCUGCCAGUCUAUAGGCGUCCCCGCGGGAUUCGGAGCACGAUGCCAGUUAAAGCAACCUGUUUGUGCAGCCAGCCUGCCACAUUUCUAGUUGGGUGGUAACGCUGAGGAGAAAAGGAAAGGAAUCUGAAGGGCUGUCUGCUGCUAGAACAACUGCUGCAGCCUAUAUAAGGAAUGCGUAUACAUCCCGAGCAGCGCAGACAAUCCUGAUAAAUCGCUCUGCUGCAGCUGGACUUACUGCACUGACACUUUAUUUGUUUUGGGGACUUUAUGCAUCCGCUUUGUAACGCAGCGUCCUUAACUGUGUAGUUUUCUGUGUGGUGGAUAACUUACUACUGUACUGGCGAUUUGCGAUCUUGAAAUAUGACUAUUUACCUUGCAUCUUGUGCAUAGCAGAGGUUUAGACGUCAACCUAACUAAAUUCACUGAGGAAAUCGAUAACGAGAAACGUGAGGCGUGCUUCACCUCUUGCGCGCGCGUGAGAUAAGGCAACAUUAACUAAAAACAUCGUUUUCAUUCAAACAAACUCGCUCCUUUUCGAUUCAAGUGCAUAGUUAAUUUUUAAGAUGCUUAAGCAGACGCUAGUGAAGAAAGAGACUUUUCCUCAGGCUGACGCCAUGCGCGCGCCAUGUAGCGGUUCUCUCAGCACGCGCGUGUGUGAGCGACCUGUAAAUAUGUGUCUACCUGAUCGGACAGGAGGACAAAAAUGUCACUUAGGUUUUUCAUAAAUGUCAUCUGACCAUCUUGCUCGUUUUUUGCUACCUGAACUUGCUGACAAGGAAGGAGUCGUUGUUUUUCACUCUGUGAGAUACAUUGUCUCGUUUUGAAAGCAGACGGGAGGCGUUUCUCGUGCGUUGCAGCAAAUGUCAACUUGUGCAGUGAGUAACUACAGUCAUGUGCUGGAGGGCCAGUCAGACUCCGAUGAUGAAGAUAAGCUUCACAUUGUGGAGGAGGAAGGGAGUCUCCUGGACGGGGCUGACUGUGACAGCGUGGCCCCUGACGAUGACCCCAACGGGACCGCUGACCCUGACGGCAGAUGGGACGAUGUGAAAGAGGAGUGCGUGUCGGAUGAAGAUGAGAGGAGCAGAGAUGCUUUGGUUGAGGAGAUGCUCCAGCAAGGAGACACCGCAGUCAUCUUUCCAGAGGCUCCAGAUGACGAACCGCGACAGGGCACACCAGAAACCAGCGGACAUGAUGAAAAUGGCACGCCAGACUCAUUUUCUCAGCUCCUCACCUGUCCGUACUGCUCUCGUGGCUACAAACGUUACACCUCACUGAAGGAGCACAUUAAAUACAGACACGAGAAGAGCGAGGACAACUUCAGCUGCUCUCUCUGCAGCUACACCUUUGCCUACAGAACACAGCUGGACAGACACAUGACCGCACACAAAGCUGGCCGAGAACAGCGGCAUGUUACUCAGUCAGGUGGAGGAGGGAAUCGAAAGUUUAAAUGCACUGAAUGUGGCAAAGCCUUCAAGUACAAACACCACCUGAAAGAACACCUGCGCAUCCACAGUGGAGAAAAGCCUUAUGAAUGCUCCAACUGCAAGAAGCGUUUCUCUCAUUCCGGUUCCUACAGUUCCCACAUAAGCAGUAAGAAGUGCAUUGGUCUCAUCUCAGUAAAUGGACGACCACGACCUUCUCCUGCUACAGGGGCUGCCAAGACCCCGCAGUGCUCUUCCCCGUCCCUGCCAACCUCCUCCCCUACAGCACGAGUCCAAGUAAGAGACAAACUGGAUAACAGCAAACCCCUUCAAGAGCAGCUUCCCUUGACACAGAUCAAGUCUGAGCCGCUGGACUAUGAGUACAAGCCUGUGGUAGUGGCCCCAUCUGCUAGAGGCGUAAAUGGCAUGUUUCAGGGUGGGGCAGCAGCCCCUCUCCAGGGUGCCGUACAGGCUGUUGUGCUUCCAACUGUGGGACUGGUGUCCCCAAUCAGCAUCAAUCUGGGGGACUUACAAAACGUGCUAAAGGUGGCAGUGGAUGGGAAUGUCAUUAGGCAAGUGCUGGAAAGCACACAAGCUAAGGGGCAACAAGCAGGGACGGGGAUUGUAGGAGCAGGAGGGAUUGCCCAAGCUACCCAGCAAGUUAUCCAAGCCAUUAGUCUUCCUAUCUUGGAUCAGGAUGGCAAUGCUAAAAUCUUCAUCAACUAUAGUCUGGACCCAUCCCAAGCCCAAGCAGUCCUUCAAAGUCCAAAAAAGGAACCAUUGGGGUCGAACACUGAGGUCUGCAAGGGUCAGAAGCUGCCUGAGGACCUUACAGUAAAGACAAAUAGGGACAAAACCACCCUCACUGUGGAUGAGAAGAGCAUGUUACACAAUGACAUAUUACUUAAGCACUGUGGUAAAGAUGAACAUAGGAUUAACGGGAAAAAUCUUGAGGAGAAGAUGGACUUGGAAGGACUGUGUCCUGGUCAGCCUCCUCUGAAGAACCUUCUCUCCUUGCUCAAGGCUUACUUUGCCUUAAACAAUGAACCCACUAAGGAGGAGCUGGCAAAGAUAUCGGAGUCUGUCAGUCUUCCAGCAGAGGUGGUGAAAAAGUGGUUUGAGAAGAUGCAGCUGGGACAGAUCUCCAUAGACCCUUCUUCACCUCAGCAUGAGGAGGAGCAAACCACUCCUGUGGAUUUGGAUGGUACUAAAGGUGCAUCACCCAAACCAGACUUAGAUGAGCAAAUUAACUCAGAGAAGCAAGAGGAGAGGGAGUGCUGUAGCCCAGCGGAGGGCAUUGCAGCCAGUGUGAAUGGAAUCGAGAGUGUCCCUGCAUCCCCUUCACCACUAAACCUAUCGGCUGAUGGUCCUGUCCCAGCCAGGACUCUUGAGGAAGGCGAGGGACCUCUCGAUCUGUCGCUACCAAAAUCCGCUACUACAGCCUCUGUGGCUAGCGGUCAUGCUAACACUGUUUACUCGGCUCAAGAGGAGCCGCUGAAUUUGACUUGCACAAAGAAGGAACUGCUCAGUAAUGCAAGCACCAAUGCUGCCAUAUAUGCCAGCCAACCAAGUGCCAAUCCCAUAAACAUCAUGACCACUCAACUGCCCACCCUAGUGGCUAUCACUGACCAGGGACAGGCGCAAUGUCUACGUGCACUUACCACCACUAAACAGACCAUCCUGAUCCCGCAGCUGACUUACAGUUAUACCACUACAUCCUCCAGCCCGGCAGGGACCGACACACCACAGAAGAACAUUUUACAUGUCAAUGGCAUCAAGGAGGAAAAACAGGAGAUGGGGUCAGAGGCCACCUCUAUAUUGGAAGAACAGACAGACUCAGACUCAGGGCCGACCAAGAAGAAGAUGAAAAGGACGGAGAGUGGGCUGUAUGCCUGUGACCUGUGUGACAAAAUCUUCCAGAAGAGCAGCUCGUUGCUCCGCCAUAAAUAUGAACACACAGGAAAGAGGCCUCAUGAAUGCGGGAUCUGCAGCAAGGCCUUCAAACACAAGCACCACCUAAUAGAGCACCUGCGCUUGCACUCUGGAGAAAAGCCCUAUCAGUGUGACAAGUGCGGGAAACGCUUCUCCCACUCUGGUUCCUACUCACAACACAUGAAUCAUAGAUAUUCCUACUGUAAGAAAGAGGCUCAAGGCCAAGGGCUAGGCCAAGGAGUGGAAGAAGAGGACAAUCCUGGUGAGGAGCAGCCUCAGACGGGCAGUACAGCGACCUCGCCUCCAUCCCACCUGGACUCAGAUGAGCGGGGGAGCAGUACAAGGGACGAUGAAAGCGAGGAGGAGGACGAGAUGGGCUCAGGGAGCUUAGUUGACGAGGAUGAAAUUCAGGUAGUCAAGAUUGGAGAGGAGGGAGAUGAAGACGAUCAGGGAGCAGAUGAAGACCAGGAGAGGAUGGAGGAAGAUGGUGAUGAGGAAGGUGAGGGUGAGACGCUGAAAGUCGUGGUGAUGCAAGAUGAAUGUGAAGAGGAUGAAAACGAAGAGGAUGAGCAAACGUCGGAGGAUGCCAUGGACACCAGUGACCACACGGAGGAAAUGACAGAAAGAAAGACCCCAGGGGACAAUAAGAACAUUGGUGAACAUGAAGGAAACACAGCCGCUAUGAAUGGAGAUGUGAAAUGAAGAUUCCUUACGACGGUGUUUUACAAAGUUACUAAUUUGAAGGAACCAACAAAAAGACGUUUUCUUUCAGCAGAUGUUUCUCUCUCUUCCUGAGAACUGACUGUGUUAAGAGGAGAAUGAGACGAGGAAGAGUGCGUGACGCUCUUGCGCUGCAUUUAAACCCACUACUGUGUAUAAACCCCCAGGUGUGCCUGAAAAAUACAAAAGAGUUACUCUUUUUCCACAUAAAGACAAUUUUCUGUGUUUGAGUAUGGUUUGUACAAAUGCAAAGUUUAACACAAAAAAACAAAAACAAAAAUGACGCAUAUAUGAACUGAAAGCUAUACACGUUUUGGCUAAUAAUGUUUUAUUACUAAAACGCCUUGGGUCAAUUUCUUUUAUCAGUAUUACUAAUUUUUUGUCACUCUCGGUUUACCCUCAGAAGCUGUACAGUUGGGAGAGAGAGAUUUCUAUACGUUUUUAUUGCCAAUGAACAAAACUCAGUAUUUUCUUGCAUUUAAAAGAGUAUCCUGUGCACUACCAUAUUCCCAGUUUACCUUCGGAACACCUAUGUGGGCCUUGUGUUGUUUAAUGUCUACCUUCCAGUAUUAGUGCCCCAGACGAUAUUCCUUAAGCCACGCUAGCGCUCGCUAGCACACCAUUUGUCCAUCGUCUCAUUUCCCAACGAACUGUGAGCCUUAAAUGUUAAAAGAUUGAUGUGGUAAUGGUGGGAGGGCUUUCACGAAUCCCCUAAAAGAAGCCAAGACAUCAAAGAAAAACCUUAGUAAUCCUGGACAGCUGGUUUUAGACGGUGAUCGCCAUCAGCUCCUUCCCCACCCAUUAUCCACCCUUAUGCAAAAACAUGCAUGUUGGAAGUGCCAUUGAACAGUGCUGUGCCGUUGCUGUGACGCCGUUGCGAAGCAGCACAUUCGCGUGGGGCUCAUGCUGUCUUCGUUUUUUUGGUAGCAAAAUUUUGGAACCCUGCACCUAAACCACUAGUCCUAAGUGAAGGACAAGACUGCCUAUUUCUUUUUCUUUUUUUAAUCAAUCCAGUAAGGACUACACUGCAUCAAGAAUUCAGGAAAGAGGAUCGAUAAGCAAAAAGGAGAAAAAAAAAUACGCUCUUUUUUCAGCCUUGAAGUAUUUUCCCCUGUUUGGUGCACUUGUUUCUCUUGUAAUCUUUAGCUGCACGACACUUUUUCUUCAGGUAACAAAUGUAGGCAGAUACGAUCAACGAAGAAUUCACUUUUAGUUUCUUUUGGGUCAGCCUUUUUACCUGUCAGUAUUAAUUUUUGUCUCGUUUGUAUUGAAGUUUCUUUGUUGCUUGUUUCAGUGAACAUUGUGUAAGUUUGUUUGUUUGUUUUGUUUUUCAGUAAAGGCAGUAUUAUCCCUCCCAUCCCUCACCAUUAUAACUUUACAUUUUUAGUUUUAGAGACCUUUUAUAUUUAUGUGUCUUAUUUUUGUAUUUUCGUUAUGGUUAUUUAUUACACAAUGUAGUGUACAAUACUGUAGUUUGUAUUAAUACAAUAAUAUAUUUUAGUAUGAAGAAUAAUUUCGAAGAUAAAUGAAUUCAAAGCUGGGGGCGAAACUCCAGCAUUUCGAGUGUUUUAAAACUGAAAAAAGUAUUAUUUUCAAAGUUUCUGAAUGCACCGUUUGAAGAACAGAAAAAAACACACACCCCUAAAGUAUAUCAGAACUGUUACCUUUUACAUGUCACUUUCAUGUUUCUGUCUCUUACCCCACUAUACUUUGAAGCUACUGAACGUCUAACUGUAUGCUAUACACGCAUGAGUCUUUGCUGUUGUAUCGAAAGAUUGUCCCUCGCCAUGAAACUGUGCUGCCCUUUUUAAUGAAGCCAAAACAUCAUCAGUGUGUUGUUUUUAUUAUUGUUAUUAUUUCCGGUUGUGCCAAUUUGUAACUUUGUCUACAUCGAGGCAACAGUCUUUUGUAUGUCCCUGUUUUAACCUUUUUUAGUGAUAGCUUUUUUGUUUGAUCGUUUUUCAUUUCUUUGUUUUUUUAAUGAAUCCCCAUCUCACAAUAAAAUACUUCAAGAAUUCAACAUG